AUGGCACCCCAUGCUAAGAUUGGACAUAGGCAUCCUUGCCGAAUUCGGGUGGAAGACGAUGUUCGCGCCCACAUCGACAGCAUAGGGUGGCGCUUCCUCCUCCAGUCUCCACCUACCCACGUCUACCCUCAGGCGGUGUUAGAGUUCCUCGCCUCCAUCUCCUACGCUGACACCCCCUCCAUGGUAUCGAGUCUGUCACCGACAAAAAUGGUGACGUACUUCAUGGGUGGGAUUGUAGACCCCUAA